AAGAUUGGUAGCUGUUAGUGUACAUUUCACGCACACCUCACCAAAUCUCACACAAAUCAGUCCUCUCGCCGUAGCCUACCGUACGGCGCCAUGCGACGGCCACCGCCACCGCCACCGGCGCAACUCACCACCGUCGCAGCUGCACAUCACAGUUUUCCUGUUGAAUGCUCUCUUCCCUGGAUGCUGGUGAAUCAUAUGAUUGAGUCCCAAAAUGCAGGUCUUCUGGAGAGUGUUUUAAUGCCAUUUGGCAUCUAUAAUGAUUCUGCUCUGCAAGCAUUAGUUAUUCUCAGGCAACGCUUUCUCUAUGAUGAAAUUGAAGCUGAGAUAACUACCCUUGAACCAAUGAUUACAGGACUGCAAGAUGCAUUGCCAAAAUCAAUUGGACAGGCCACUUUCGAUGGAGGAGUAACGGGUUGUUUGAGGCUUGUCAAAGAACAUCUUAACUGGGGUUCAAAAUCAGAACUCAAAGCAGAGGUUCUUCGUGGAAUAAAGGAGAUUGGAAGUGUAUUAUAUUGGAUGGGGCUUCUUGAUGUUGUUCUGAGAGAAGUAGAUAUCACGCAUUUCAUGCAAACAGCCCCAUGGUUAGGCUUGAUUCCUGGUGCAGAUGGGCAAAUAUUGCAGUCCCAAGAUGGGGGAGAUAGCCCUAUCGUCACUCUCUUCAAAUCAGCAACUUCUGCAGCUGUGUCAAACCCAGGAUUCUCAAAUCCAACAGCAUUCUACGCCAUAUCAAAACAGGCAGAAGCUGCUGUUAACUAUUACUGAUACAGAAAACUUUUGGCAGCGAACAAAUAAUUACUGGCAUGGUAGAUAAAUCACAUUUUGACGCCGUACAAACACAUGAUUUUUUGUCAUGAUACAUAGAUGUAUUUUUGGCUUGGUACAUACAUCACCUUUUGUCGUGGUACAGAUUACGAUGGUAAUUUGUACCAUGCCAAAUGGUUAUUUCACAUGGUAUAGUAAAUGUAAUUUUUGUAUAUGGAGGGCUUUACUUUUUGUAUGAUUCUAUAUG